AGUGUCGGAGUCGGAGUUUUGUUACGUGUGGAAAUUAAUAAAAGAAAACUGUGAAAAUUGUGCAAAUCAUUCUAAACAAAUAGCCAAAAGCACAAAACUCCUCAGCUCUGCCCGCAAUAAACUGUUAACGCCGCGCACCAAGCAGAACUCGACAAAACAAAGUCCUCAAAACUGUGAAAAGUGUAUGAAAAUCAACCAACCAAUAAUAUUAUAGAUCUAUAACAAAUUUUACCAAGGCGUUCUGCUAUACUUGGCGCAGCACUCGAUCAACAACAAAGCAAACAGAAAAGUGUGGUUUACUUAAUAUUUAGCAAAACAUUUUAGAUUUAAGACAAAUUAUAAUUGCAAACAAUUCUCCGUGAAGUUGGCAUGUUAAGUGUGCUCGAUGCCAGUGCGGUUAAGUGUCGUCUAUGGCCGAGUCCGUUAAAAGUCAAACGCUCUCUGCAUUGACGGAGGGGCAGCACGACGGUAGUAAAACAACAACAACAACAACAACAACAGCAACAACAACUGCAAUAGCUACAGCAAUAAAUACAGCCGCAGCCAAUACGCACAGGCGUUACAAUAGCUAUAACAAUAAUAAUAACAAUAGCAAAAGCUAUAAUAACAUCAACAAGAAACGAAAUAUAGCAGCGGCAACAACUGCUGCUGCUACCACAUCUACAUCCACCGUAGUCGUCGGCCCCGCACGUCGUUCGCGCAGCAAGGGUCGCAGCCUCACAUCAGCAACUACAAAUACAACAACAACAACAACAACAAGCAGCAGCAACAGCAAGAACAUCAAGAAAUCGACAACUAUCGCUGACGUUCCUCGACGCUCCACAACAUUUGGGGGCGUAACCAGCUCGCGUUCAUCCAUUAACACCGCCAACUCGUCAAACAACAACGCCAACGAUUUGUCCUUAUCGCCAGGCAGUCGGAAGCGUCAGCAUCAACAGCAACAACAACAACAGUGCAACAACAGCAACAACCACAGCAACAACAACCAGCAACAUCGCAACAACAGCCAAUCUGCGCCCGGUGGAGAUCAGUACGUAGAGCUCAAUUCGCCGCUGAAGAAGCGUCGCGUGCAGCAGCAGCAGUUGCAGCAGCAGCAACAACAACAACAGCCUCCACCAGUAGCAGCUGCAGCUGCAGUUGCAGUCGCAGCCGUUGUCGGGGAGGUCGUCUCGCCAGCAGGCGGAGCAACUGCAUCAGCCGAAGCCUCGCAGCAGAAUACGCCGCGUCUGACCUCUGGCGGCGAUUGUGUGGCCCAGCGCACACGCUCCAAGACACUCACGCCCGAAGAGCUGCCCAGCACCAGCAGCGCUGCCGCAGCGCGCCACAACAGCAACAGUAGCAGCAGCAACAACUGCAGCAGCAGCAACAACAAGCAGUAUAGUGAGAGCAGCUGCCAGCACGUGAUUGGGGCGACGCCACAGCGUGGAGCAGCAGCCGCCCGCGCAGCAGCACGCAGCACAAGCAGCGGCGGCGGCAACAGCAGCAGCGGGGGCAACCUGCUCAACUAUUACCGCAAGACGCGCAAGGUGAGCCAUACGCGCGCCAAGCCAGCGGCAACGACUGGAGCACAACAGCAACAACAGCAAGAGGAUUUGAUUGGCAAAUUCGCGGAGACAAGCAACGCGCGCCUGCAGGCCAGCAGCUCGGCGGUUAUAGCAGCCGCUGCCGCCAUUGACGCAGCUCGUCACGAGUCCAGCAGCAACAACAACAGCAACAACAACGUCACUGUGAAGCGUCUGGAUAAGAAGAGCAACAGCAGCAACAAGUACACAAAGUACCGCAAAAGCUUACGCAACUAUCAGCAACAGCUGCUCGCCAGAAUUGACGCCACAGCGGACAAAAUUGCCGGCGAGGACGACGCGCACGAGGAGCACAAAGACCAUCCGUACGGCAGCUUGGUGGACCAGCGACAACAAACAUCCGGCGCCGCAGAAGACGAGCGGGAGGCGAACAACGUAGACGCUGCAAACGAGCUCUUUGAGCCCGCCAGCGGGAACAACUCUGCGGACGAGGACGACGAGCAGGAGCAGGAACAGGAGCCGGACGAAGACGAAGAUCAAGACCAGGAAGAGGAAGUGGAAGCCGAAGAGGAGGAGGUGGGUUUCUACGAGAUAGUCAACUCGGCGGAUUCAUCGUACGAGGAGGACGCCCAAAUUGUUGCCGAAGAGGACGAACUCAGCGAAGAGGAGGACGUCGACGACGAGGAGGACGACGAUCUUGAAGAGGAUUUCGACGAGGAAGAAGACGAGCUCUCAGAGGGUGAAUUCGCUGAGCACAUUAUUGGUGAACUUGGUGCAACAACAACAACAGACGCAACAAAAGGUGCGCCACACUCAAAACGCAGCAGCAGCAACAACAGCAGCGGCAACAAACAUACAACAACAACAACAACAACUCAGAACAACAACAGCAACAGCAAAGCGAACAAAAACACGCUGGCAACAUAUUCAUCAUCAGCUGCGCCUCCGACAGCGUCGGCAACAACUCCAGCAGCAGCCGCAGUUGCUGCAGCAGCAGCAGCAGCAGCACCAGCAGCAACAGCAACUGGAAUAACUACAACAACAACGUCCGGCUAUCAGCGUGCCGCCCCCCCUGGCCACGGGCACGGGGCGGCACGUGGCACACGCAGCAAUAGCGCUGUUGCCACUGCUGUUGGCAUUGUUGAUUACAGCGUGCUGGCCGCGCCACCAACAGCAGCAGCAGUUGCCGCCACACAUAUGGCAACGCCCUAUGCACCGGCACAACAGCAACAGACGUUGCCACAUCCGCAACAGUUGCUGCCCGCCCAUCAGUUUGCUGCUGCUCAUUUGUCUUCCUUUGUGACGCCAACAGCGCCAGCAGCAGCAGCGCAACAUUAUCAAGCGGCAGCAUAUUUUACAGCUGCACAGCAGCAACAUCAUCCACAACACCAACACCAUCAGCAACACCAACAGCAACAACAGCAACAUCAUCAUCAGCAGCAGCAACGACAGCAGCCGCAUUAUUAUCAUAGUUCAGCUGCUGCUGUCGCUGUGCUCAAUCUGCAUCAGCAACACCCACAGCAACAACAACAACAACAACCACAUCACUAUAACUCCACAGGGACGCAACAGCCACGCACAGCGCCGCCGCCGCCCAUUAUCUAUCAGCAGCAACGUUACACAGCAGCAACAUUUGUGCCGCCACCAACGGCUGCACAGCAGCAACACACGGUCUACGCACAGCAACAACAACAACAACAACAACAGCAACAGCAGCAUUCUUCACUGCGCCGCAGUUCACGUGGCAAAACGGGUUCCUGUGUGAGUUCCACAGCAGCCGCACAGCAGCAACAGCAGCAGCAGCAUCAUCUGCAACAGCAGCAACAUCCAUUGGCAGCAGCUGUUGUUGUUGCGCCCGGCAACGCAGCUGCUGCUGCUGCUGCUGCACAACAGCCACAGCCGCCGCCAAGCCAUUAUCAAUAUCAUCAUCAGCAAUUGGGCGGCAAUACGGUGGUUGUUGCUGUGCGUCAACAACAACAGCAGCAGCAGCAGCAGCAACACGCGGCUCUACAGCAGCAACAUCAGCAGCUGCAUCAGCAGGCGCUGCAACACCAGCAACAACAACAACAGCGUGCUACAAUUGUUCAGCCUGGUUUUCUGUUCAGCUACCGCAGCAAUCAUAGCCAGCCGCCACAGCAGCAACAGCAACAGCUGCCCAAAGCUACGCACAGCAGUGCAGCUUCGGAUGCUUUAACAUAUAGUUUGAUGGCACAACAGCAACAACAACAUCAAGCGCCAAAUGGACCGCCGCAUGCAGGUGGACAGCAAUUGACGUCAGGCACUAAUUCGGCCAAUCUCAGCAUUGUCGCAGCCGCAUUGAGCGCCGCACGCGACUCCGCAGUCAACGUCAACGUUAGCAGCGCAGUGGGCGCCAACAGCAGCAGCAGCGCUGGCGGCGGCGGCAGCGGCAACAUUGCCACAGCCAGCGGCAGCAGCAACAAUGUAACAACAACAACAUCCUCGACAGCAGCAGCAGCUGCUGCAUCCGCCGCUGCCCAAUCGGCAACAGCAACAGGCGCGACGGCUGCCACAACAGGUGCUGCUGCUGCUGUGAAUGCUGCGGCCGCAGCUGCUGCUGCUGCAGCUGCAGCGGCAGCGGAUUCGGAAAGCGAUGACAGCGAGGUGGGACGACUGCAGGCGCUGCUGGAGGCACGCGGCCUGCCGCCGCAUCUAUUUGGGGCGUUGGGGCCACGCAUGACCCACAUCCUGCAUCGGACCAUUGGCAACAGCAGCACCUCAAAGGCGAAUCAGCUGCUGCAGGGUCUGCAGUCGCACGAUGAAUCCCAGCAGCUGCAGGCGGCCAUCGAGAUGUGUCAAAUGCUGGUCAUGGGCAAUGAGGAUACGCUCGCCGGCUUUCCCGUCAAGCAGGUGGUGCCGGCUCUCAUCCAGCUGCUGCGCAUGGAGCAUAAUUUCGAUAUCAUGAACAAUGCCUGCCGCGCUCUGGCCUACAUGCUGGAGGCACUGCCUCGGUCCGCCGGUACAGUCGUAGAGGCGGUGCCCGUCUUUCUGGAGAAACUACAGGUUAUCCAGUGCAUGGACGUGGCCGAACAGAGUUUGACCGCACUCGAGAUACUCUCGCGCCGUCACAACAAGGCCAUUCUACAGGCGAACGGAAUCAGCGCCUGCCUGACCUAUUUGGACUUCUUCUCGAUUGUGGCGCAGCGUGCCGCCUUGUCCAUUACGGCCAAUUGCUGCCAGAACAUGCACGCUGAGGAGUUUCAUUUCGUGUCGGAAAGUCUGCCCCAGCUGGCCCGACUGUUGUCGCAGCAGGACAAAAAGUGUGUGGACAGCGUUUGCACUGCCUUCUGGCGUCUGGUCGAGAGUUUCCCACACGAUGGCAAACGACUACAGCAGAUCGCCAGCCCCGAUCUGCUCAAGAACUGCCAGCAGCUGCUGGUGGUGACGCCGGCCAUACUCAAUACGGGCACCUUCACCAAUGUGGUGCGCAUGCUGAGCCUUAUGUGCGCCGCCUGCCCAGAUCUGGCCAUAUCGCUGCUGCGCAACGAUAUAGCUUCCACGCUGCUCUAUCUGCUCACCGGAAAUGCGGAGCCGGCAGAGGCCAGUGCCAAUCAUGUGGAUCUGGUGACACGUCCGCCGCUUGAACUGCUCGAGCUGACCUGUUUGAUUGGCGAGUUGAUGCCACGCCUGCCAUUGGAUGGCAUUUUUGCCGUGGACGCUUUACUAGAUCGGCCCACACUGAAUACCCAGGACCAGGUGCAGUGGCAAUGGCGCGACGAUCGUGGCGCCUGGCACAAUUAUUCGACAAUCGAUUCGCGGCUAAUUGAGGCAGCGCACCAGAGCAGCGAGGAUGAGAUUAGCCUGAGCACACUGGGACGCACCUAUACAGUCGACUUUCAUGCCAUGCAACAGAUCAACGAGGACACGGGCACCACCAGACCCGUCCAGCGCAAACUCAAUCCCAAUUAUGUGGCACCAGGCACCGCAGCAGCAGUUGCCGGUGGUCAGGAUCUGAGCACAACUGGUGCAGCAGCGGGGGUGGCAACCACAUCCUCAGCAGCAGCAGCUACUCCCACCAACAACAAUAACAAUAAUAACUCGUCGCAUCUGGCGGUAAAGCGACGUCCCUCGUUGGACGCCCGGAUCGCCUGCCUGAAGGAGGAGCGCGGUCUGGCUGCCGAUUUCAUCAAGCACAUCUUUAACGUGCUGUACGAGGUGUACAGCUCGUCGGCGGGUCCAAAUGUGCGCUAUAAAUGCCUGCGCGCCCUGCUGCGCAUGGUCUACUAUGCGACACCGGAGCUGCUACGCCAGGUGCUCAAGUAUCAGCUGGUAUCCAGCCAUAUUGCCGGCAUGCUGGGCAGCAAUGAUUUGCGCAUCGUAGUCGGCGCUCUGCAAAUGGCUGAGAUUCUGAUGCGCCAGCUGCCCGAUGUGUUUGGCACGCAUUUCCGUCGCGAGGGCGUCAUCUAUCAGUUCACACAGCUGACCGAUCCCAGCAAUCCCAUAUGCGCCAAUCCGUCGCCCAAGCCGCUGAGCACCAGCGCCACGCCAACGGCAAAUGCUGGCGGAUCACAAAGCGCGCCCGCCUCGGCGAACAGCCUGCAGGUGAAUCCCUUCUUUAUGGAUAAUGUGAGCGCCGGUUCAGCCGGUCCAACUGGUGGUGGUGGUGGUGGUGGUGGUGGUGGUGGCAGCGGCGGCGGCGGCUCCAGCAGCGCCAAUGCCACGCCCAGCAGCUCCAAGCAUCAAUCGUACAGCGUGAAGAGCUUCUCGCAUGCCAUGAACGCGCUCACCGCCAGCGCCAAUGCGGUGGUCAAGCAGCAGCAUCCAUCGCACCACCAGCCACAUGGACAUCAGCAGCAACAGCAGGCGGCUGCUUUGGACGCAACUGGAGCUGCUGCUGGCUACAACUACAGCAGCUCGGCACCUUGCUCCUCUGGAGCCGCCGGCUCUGCGGUGCCUGCGCCCGCUGCCUACUUUGUGGCCGCGACAGCAACUGCUGAUCCACGUCAGUAUCUGAAUUUCCAGCAACCAGCUGCGCCGCUCGACCUGCUGCCCAACACUGCAGCACAGCAGCAGCAGCAACAGUUGCCUCCCACACAGAUCGUCUACAGCAAUGCGCCGGGCGCCACCAACUAUCAGCAGCAGCAGACUCCGCAGCAACAGCAGAUGACUGUGGCCGUUGCUUCCACCAGCGCCGCAGCUGCCAACAACAACAACAGCAACAAUUGCUCCUCCUCGGCGCUGCAGCAUAAAAUGACGGACAUGCUGAAGCGCAAGGCACCACCGAAGCGCAAAUCCCAGAGCAGCGGACGCGCCAAGUCUAGGCAGGAGGAUGCCGCCGCAGCAGCUGCGGCCGCCAGUUCGGCCAGCUCUGCUAUGCACGAGCUGCUCAGCCGUGCCACGAGUCUGGGCAGCAACACGGGUGGUCGCAGCACGCCCAGCUCUGGCUCUGGCUCCGGUUCGGGCACCGGCUCUGGCACCGGCUCCAGUAAUUCCAAAUCGCGCUUUAGUGCCGGCAACACGAACAACACAACGAGCAGCUCCUCGACCAAAUCUUCAUUUCUGGCCUCACUAAAUCCGGCUCGCUGGGGCCGCCAGGCGGCGCAUCAUCAGCAGCAAUCCACCGGAUCACACCACGGACUUACCAAAGAUGGCAGCAACACCACCAACAGCAGCAGCGGCGUCGGUGGCAGCUCCUCGACUGGCGGCGUCUCCGCCUCGGGCCUGACCUAUACGGGCUCCGGUGCCGGAGGCAUGAAUGCUGCCGCCGUGGCGGCCAGCAUUAGCAAGAGCAUCUCUCAUGCCAAUCUGAUGGCGGCCGCCAAUCGGGAACGUGCCCGCCAAUGGGUGCGCGAACAGGCCAUCGAUUUUGUCAAACGCUACACGGAGCAGGAAGCGCGCCGCAGCAAGGCACGCGAAAGCGAGGCCGGCAACAGUGCUGCGGGCGGAGCAGCGGCUGGUGGAGCUGGUGGCUCCAACUGCGCAGCAUCGGCUGCCUCGGCAAGCACAUCGCUGGCCAGCACCAGCGUCCUGGAACGUCUGUCAAGCAUUCUGCUCAAGCUCAAUGGCAGCUAUCACGACUGUCUGGAUGCGCUGCUCGAGCUAAAGACCAUACUGCUGGAGAGCGACAUCUCACCGUUCGAGGUGAAUCAUUCGGGACUGAUCAAGGCCAUGCUCAACUACAUGACCAGCGAAUCGGGUCUGGUGGAGCGCGAUGCGCGUCUGCGCAGUUUUAUGCACGUCUUUGCCGGGCUGCCGCUGGAGCCGUUGCUUCAGAAUGUGGGUCAGCUGCCGGCCAUCGAGCCGCUCGCCUUUGGCGCCUUUGUAGCCAAGUUGAAUGGCUGCGUCACUCAGCUGGAACAGUUUCCGGUCAAGGUGCACGACUUCCAGGCCGGACCCGGCGGGCGCACCAAUCAGAGCGCGCUACGCUUCUUCAAUACGCAUCAGCUGAAGUGCAAUCUGCAACGUCAUCCGCAGUGCAGCAAUCUGCGUCAAUGGAAAGGCGGCACCGUCAAAAUCGAUCCCCUGGCUAUGGUCCAGGCCAUCGAACGGUAUCUGGUAGUGCGCGGAUAUGGCGGAAUACGUGCCGACUCGGAUGAUGACAGCGAGGAGGAUAUGGACGAUAAUGUCGCCGCCGUCGUGAUGACCCAGUCUGGCUUCAAGCACAAGCUACAGUUUCUUAUUGGCGAGCAUGUGCUGCCCUACAACAUGACCGUCUACCAGGCGGUUAAACAGUUCUCGCCGCUGGUAAACGAGCAGCACGAGACGGACAACGAGUCCGAGAUGCUGUUAGGCAACAGCAGCAUUUGGGUUCAGCAGCACACCAUCUACUAUCGUCCCGUCGAGGAGGAGCUGCUUGCCGCCGGCGGUUCUGGUGCCAACAGCUCUUGCAGCAGCAGCAGCGGCAGUCAGGCCCACAAGCAGCUGGCUCACAGCAGCAGCAGCGGCACCUCCAGCGCCGUCAACUCCUCCAACUCAUCGCAUUCGGCGGCCGGCUCGAGUGGCACUGCCGCCGCUGCCGGCGGCAAGAAGUCGCACAAGUCGAGCAGCAAAUUCAUGCGUAAGAAGACGGAACUGUGGCACGAGGGUAUUGCGCCGCCGGUGCUGUCGCCGCUGAAGCCAUUCCUGUGCAGCAGCUUGCCCGGGGAUGUGGUCACCGUGCAGGACGCCUCUCUCGAUGCGCUGUGCAUGCUGCGCGUCAUCUAUGCACUGAAUCGCCACUGGGAGCAUCUCUAUGGGUGUGUGGUGCGUCAGAAUAUCAUUGCCAAUGCGGAGUUUGUGCAUCCGAAGAUCACGGCCAAGGCGAAUCGUCAGCUGCAGGAUCCGUUGGUCAUCAUGACGGGCAAUCUGCCCCAAUGGCUGCCACAGAUUGGAAUGGCCUGCCCGUUCCUCUUCCCCUUUGAAACGCGCCAUUUACUGUUCUACGCCACCAGUUUUGAUCGGGAUCGUGCAUUGCAGCGCCUGCUGGACACCACGCCGGAUCUGAACUCGGCCGAGUCGUCGGAGCGCGUGGCGCCGCGUCUGGACAGACGCAAACGGGCCAUUUCACGCGCCGAGCUACUCAAGCAGGCAGAGCACAUACUCCAGGACUUUGGUAACUCCAAGGCGUUGCUGGAAAUCCAGUACGAGAAUGAGGUGGGCACUGGCCUGGGACCCACGCUGGAGUUCUAUGCUCUGGUCUCUGCCGAGCUGCAGCGCACCGAUCUGGGCCUGUGGAAUGGCAGCGACAGCUAUCGCCAUAACUCAUCCAACAUUGCAGAUGUGGUUAAGUCCAGUAGCGCCGUGCUGCACAUCGAGGACGCACUGGAGCCCAACAGCGAGACCGCUGUGCUGACCACCGUCGUCAGCAGCACCACCACCACUACCAACAACAGCGCCUCGCAAACCACGACGAACGCACAUCUGACUCGCAGCAGCAGUCGCAGCAAUGCGCUGCGCCAUCAGCAGCAGCAACAGUUGCUGGCGGAGCACAGCUCCUCCAGCUCGAAUGAUAACGCUUUAAACAUGAUCAUCGCACAGCAGUUUAGUGAUAUGGCCGCCACUGAGGGUGGCGCCAACAAUUCCCCCCAAGUGCUCGAGCAGCAGACGAUGACGACGACAACUACAACAGCAGCUGGAACGGUAACAGCAACAACAACAACAAUACAGACUGCAUCCACCAUCAGCUAUGUGCACACGGCGCACGGCCUGUUCCCAUUGCCGCUGGGCAAAUCCUCCAAGCUGCCACAAAUGACCAAGGCCAAGUCCAAGUUUAAGUUCUUGGGCAAGUUUAUGGCCAAGGCGGUAAUGGACAGUCGCAUGCUGGAUUUGCCAUUCUCUCUGCCCUUCUAUCGCUGGCUGGUCAGCGAGGAGCUCUCAAUUGGACUGUCCGAUUUGAUGCGCGUGGCGCCCGAGGUGCAGAGCACACUGGUGCGUCUACAAGAUGUGGUACGCCAACGCGAGGAUAUCCAAACGGAUGCCAAUCUGGAUGCCAUGGAGAAAAAGGAAAAGAUGGAGCAGCUGGAUUUGGAUGGCUGCCCCAUUGCCGACUUGGGCCUGGACUUUGUAUUGCCCGGACAUGCCAAUAUUGAGCUGUGUCGUGGCGGACGCGAUACGCCCGUUACGGUGCACAACUUGCAUCAGUACAUCUCGCUGGUCACCUACUGGUUCCUCGUCGAGGGCGUCCAGAAGCAGUUCGAGGCGCUGCGCGAGGGCUUUGACUCCAUUUUUCCGAUACAACGCCUGCGCAUGUUUUAUCCGGAGGAGUUGGAGUGCGUGUUUUGCGGCUCCGGCAGCGAACAGCAUCAGCGCUGGGAUCUCAAGAUGCUGCAGGACAGCUGCCGCACCGAUCAUGGCUUCCAUCAGGAAUCGCAAGCCAUACAAUUUCUAUACGAGAUUCUCGUCUCCUACAAUCGUGAUGAGCAGCGAGCGUUCCUACAGUUUGUGACAGGUUCGCCUCGUUUGCCAACUGGCGGCUUCAAGUCGCUGACCCCGCCGCUGACCAUUGUGCGCAAGACCUUGGAUGGGAAUCAGAAUCCCAAUGAUUAUCUACCAUCUGUGAUGACCUGUGUCAACUAUCUCAAGUUGCCGGACUACUCCAGUCGUGAUGUGAUGCGACAGAAGCUGAAAGUGGCUGCCAACGAGGGCAGCAUGUCCUUCCAUCUGUCUUAAAAAGAACAACAAAAGCAAAUAUUAACUAAACGAAACGUUAUAUACACACACACACGAUUACACUCUAUAUAUAGUACUAUCUAUCUGUAGUAUCUGAUGAUAGUAUAUCUCUGUGAAACACUGCAGCAACCGGACCCAAACAACAACAAAAACGACCUUCAAAUGUUUGCGCACUUCUGCAAUUUCUCUCUUUCUCUUUUACA